AUGCCGGACGUACCUAGCCACCCGCUUCAACCUCUGAGUAUCGACACCAACAUCACUUAUGCCUUGGAUAUGUCCAAGUUCCCAGGUCUGGAUGACCCACAACAUAUGUACCAGCCUGCUCUGUUGAUAGCCACUGACUGGAGCGACUAUGUCUACCAUGACGCACAGUGUGUCAAAUAUGACGCAAACAGUUGCUCAAGUUCCCAUGAAUCGGACAGUCUAUUAGAAAAUGAUUUAUACUCUCUUAUAGAAUCCAGCCAGGAGUUCCUAACAGAUGUCGACACCAGCAACAUAAUUGACGAUCAAACUUUCCUGUCUCUUCUGGAUGACGUCGUUGAAGACAGUGACGUGAUCACCCCCAUUGACAUCAGUCCAGGCACAUCCAACACCAUAACAGAAUCUCUAGAAGACACCUGGGAUUGUCUUGACGAUGAAGUUCUUUUCCACACAGACGAAACAGAGCAGCACACCUGUGAAUUUGUCUCAAAAGAACAGUUAUCUCCCUUUGCAUCAUAUAUCAGGGGACAAAAACGACGCCGAAAUGACGAGAGCAUAAACGUGUCUGCUAACAAGAAAUCGAAAAUGGGGGAUAGAUCGUCUCUGCAUAUUCCAACCAUGGUUACCGUUUGUUCUAGGUCUAAUGGAUGUGAACUCCAGAGGCAAUCAUAGCUGAUAAUUUCUUUUAUUGCCUUUGAGCCCCAUCGAUCUCAGUGCUUGAACCUUUUGUCUACUCCACGUUACUUUGAAUACUCAAUAUAGUGCAUACGUUUGUUCCAAGUGACCUAUUGUUCUAUUUGUACAGUACAUACACAAAAGUAUCUUUUACACAGAUACAUGAUACCUACCAUGUUUCGCAUGUUUUGGCUUUUGAUAUUAUCUACAUCUGUUACUUAUCUACACCCAUAUCUUCUGUUACAUGAUUAAA